UUCAGGUUGUUUUGUUCACGGGCGUACAUUACAUUUUAAAUAAUAAAUAAAUAAAAAAAUAAAUAUCGUUAUGACUACUCUUAAAGGAUUUCGUUACGUAUUAUUUAUUACUGUGCUUGGUGGAUUAACCGGUCUUACUUUAUAUCCGAUAGCUAUAAAACCAUUGUUUAAUGUUGAUGACUACAAAAAACUGAGGAAAUUGCAAAGCUGGGAAACUUUUAAAAGGUCAUAACUUUUAAGGUAAAGUCUUGCUUGCAAAUAUUAAAAUGUUAUUCAUAGAUAUUUCAAGUUUUCGCCGUUAAAACCAGCAAAAAUGUUCGUAAAAAAUGGUGGUUUUCCUGUUUAUCUACUGUUUCCGCAUAAGUAACAUGUAUAUCAUUUAAUACUAUUGUAAUAUUCUGUAAAUUUGUUCUCUGUAAAAAGUAUAAUAAAAGUCAUCCAGUAAA